AUGCUCCUUAAACACGGCACAGAUUUGAACCACACGAGUUACAAGGGCAUGACCACAUUGCUCUAUGCUACUUCUCCUGAGGUGAUGCCAGCGGACUUGGAUGAGGAUCUCCACGAACGGAAGCAUAUCUGUGGAGCCGACGUGAAUGUCGAAACUGAGGAAGAGACCACUGCCCUACAUCUCACGAUUACGAACGGCCAUUACGGCUUUGUGCAUGGGUUUGUGGAAAUGUUUAUUGAGCAUGGGAUUGAUGUGAACGCUGAGCUAGUGGAUGGGAGAACUCCUUUGGAUAUGGUGGAAGACGAGGAGACUCGAUUUACUCUCAAAUAUGAGAUCGAUUUGCUUCGCCAGCAUGGAGCUCGGAAUGGAGUCCGAAACGGUGCUCGACAGAUGCCUCCGUUCAGUCAAAAUAUAGAAUAA